CAAACUUUAUUGUGGAUGUGAUCAUUUCCAUUUUUUUAUAUCAUGGAUAUCUGUGAAUGUGUAAAAAGAAUCAAGAAGGAGCUUGAUUCAGUGGUGUCAUUCUGGACAGCUCACUCACACGACAAAGUUAAUGGGGGUUACUACAACUGCCUGACAGAAGAUGGUAAAGUGUAUGACAGUCUUAAAUAUGGUUGGUUGCAAGGCAGGCAGGUAUGGAUGUACUCAAAACUCUACAACACUUUGUCACACUACCAUACUCCUGAGAUACUUGGUGCAGCAAAAACUGGUGGGGAGUUCCUGUUAAAGCAUGUGUUGUCAUCGGGUGGCUCAAGAUGCUAUUUCAUCUUGACUGAAGAAGGGAAACCUUGCAAGCUGCAAAGGAAACCAUAUACAGAGUGUUUCUUCGUGAUUGGCCUUGCUGAAUUGAGCAGGGCUACUGGCGAGGAGAGAUAUUGGCUUGCAGCUGAGUCAAUGCUCGCCUCACUGAUACAUUGGAUAAGAUUUGACGACAGCGAGUUGGGAGCUCCUAACCUACCCGGGUGUGACCCUUGUUCUGAGCUGGGACGACCAAUGAUGCUGCUCAAUGUGCUCACUGAGAUCUGCAAUGGACAGUCUGAGCUGAGGGACAAGUACAAGGAACAUUUCCAGUGGGCCGUUGAGGCCAUCCUCAAACAUAGUGAUGGUAACUGGGUGAGAGAGCAUGUUGCUCCUAAUGGGUCACUCUUGUCUGGCUGUCGAGGGAGACAGGUCACUCCCGGACAUGCACUGGAAGCUGGAUGGUUCUUACUGCAAGAAGCUGCUACAAGAGGAGAUACUGCUCUACAAAGCAAGGCGAUAAAGCAGUUUAUUGAGGCUCCAUAUGCCUAUGGCCAAGACAAAGAGUUUGGAGGGCUAUACUACUUCUUGGACACUGAUGGCUACUGUCCAACUCAGCUGGAGUGGAGCAUGAAGCUGUGGUGGGUCCACUGUGAGGCCAUGAUAGCAUUCCUGAUGGCGUAUGAGGCUACUGGAGACAAACAGUUCUGGACGACCUUCUCAAAGAUCACAGAUUACACCUUAUCUAAGUUCUCAGACCAGACUCAUGGUGAAUGGUAUGGAUACCUAACAAGAACGGGGGAGAUCAAUCAAACCUUCAAAGGAGGACCAUACAAAGGGUGUUUCCAUGUACCAAGAUGCCUACUUUAUUGCCUACAAAUCCUCGAAAGACUUGAUAAGAACACCGAUUAAUUAUACUGCAUGCGUGUGUCCCUGUAGAAUAUAUAACUUACUCAGGUAGGUUAAGGCAUAAUUAAGAUCAGUGCCAUAAAUAGUAUAAUUAAUGAAGUGCCUUGUCAUUAUGAAAUGGCAUCAUCAAUGCAUGUUUUUGCUCUUGAA